AUGGACAAACCAGUCUUGUUGGCCUUCUACCUCAUCUGCGUCACUGUGGGCACAUCACUGAAGUGUUUAACAUGCCACCUUCGUGUAAAAGCAGACCGCUGUAGAAGAGGUUUUGGUGUCUGUAUUGCCCAGGACGAUGAGAUGUGCAUGAGUUUAAAGAUCUACAGGGGUGAAGAGCUCCUGGUAGCAUACAUGGAGUGUCAGAAAUUCUGCAAAGCCGCACGAGUUAAACGCAAAGGUCGGAUUUACGUGCAUAGUUGCUGUGCCAGAAAUUAUUGUAACGGCAAAAUCUAG